GUCCAUGCUUAUAGAACCAUGUGGGAUGUUUAGUGGUAACGUGUCAUUGGGGUCUGUCCACAUUGGGGAUGUCUCACCGGGUGUCAGUGAUCUAGUUUAUGAUCCACAUAAAGAAUGUUCCAGCUGUACCUUUCCUAAAGGCUCUAAUCCUACUGCUUUCAGGGAAUGCUGGGAGUUGUAGUUUGACAAAAAAGAUGCACAUCAGGGUCGUCUCCUGUACCAUGUAUUAGGAACGGAGAAGAAAAACUGUGAACCCGCAGAGUAACGUCACUUCUGACUCUGGGGACAAUGUCAAAGACCACUAAGAGGAAACAUGUGGUGAAAGAGGUUCUGCUGGAUUAUGUCCAACCCACCGCGAACCAGCGCAUAGUGAAAAUUUUAGGAAGUCCUGGUAAUAAUUUACAUGAGGUCGAGACAGCUGAAGGGGAGAGGUUUUUAGCCAGUAUGCCAACAAAAUUCAGAAAGAACAUCUGGAUCAAGAGAGGUGAUUUUGUUAUUGUUGAUCCUAUUGCUGAAGGAGAAAAGGUGAAGGCAGAGAUCGCUUUUAUCUUAUAUAAGGACCAUCAACGCCUAUUGCAGAAAGAAGGCUUGUGGCCAUCAGCUUUCAAUAAAGAAGAUACAGAAAGCCCUGCUAAGGAAAAAGAGAGGUGUUUACAUCUGAGACAUUUAUGGCAUAUUCACAGGACCCACAACUAUGUAGAGAUAGAGGAUCCCUGGCCUGCUUGCCAUAAUCAAUGGUGUUUGAAAGCCGAAAAUACCAGAGCAGGCUAUUUUACAGCAAGAAAGAAGCAGAAUCACAGAAUUCCAAAGAUGAUAAGUCUGGGACUGACGACGACGACGACACAGAAGAUGACAGUGACCUGUUUGUCAACACUAACCGUGUCUACUAUGAAGACAGUGAAGAGGAAUCUGAAAGUGAAGACAAAAGUGAGGAUGAGGAAGAAACAGUGAAGAUCUUGGAUUAAUAUAAUGUACUCUUGUUUGACAGGAGACAUGAUGGAUCCAGCAUCAGUAUCAUUUGUUUCCUCUUUACAGCUGCGACCCAUUUAUUUACCAAGUCACCUGUGGAGCUGAGGGUCACAUCUUGUUUUAUUCUCAUGUUGUCUAUUUUUCUCCAUUUUGGACAAUUCUUUAUGCAUUCCUAUUAUUGCUGAGGAACAAAAAGCCACCCCCAUUGGUACUGUACCAGCUGCUUAUGAAUCUCAACUGGAGACUAAAGGUUAUAAAGAAAAAGCUAAAAAUUUCAGUUAUGUGAUUAAAAAUUUUUUUAUAUCACCUUAAACCAUAUUA